UCUGGCUGUCGUUGGUCGCUGGCGCAAUGAGCAGUGUUUUGAAUAGAAAGCUACCUCUCAGCUGAUUUAAAAACAGGAUGGAAGAGGAGGCAGACACCGGUGUUUCUUCGCGGGCCGAGAGGAAAGCGUCGGAAAGGGCCAAAAUACUCCAACGAGAGCGCGAGAGGCAGAUCUUCACACUGGUUGGCCGGGUCCUGAAGAAACCGGAGGCUGAGCGGUCGGAGGAGGAGGCCUCAGUGUUACAGCUGCACAGAGAGACUGUGGAGGAGCUCUGCAAGAGACAGGUCCGCAGGAAUGUGCUCAAGAGGAAGCAGGAGGAGGUGUUUGAUGAUGCUGAUGAGCUGAAGAGUAAAGUCAGGCAGCUGGCCGUGGCAGUCAAACAAGCAAAACACCUGGUGGUUUACACUGGAGCCGGUAUCAGUACGGCAGCUUCCAUCCCAGACUACAGGGGCCCCAAUGGGGUGUGGACACAGCUACAGAAGGGACGGACAGUCAGUUCAUCUGACCUGAGUAAAGCUGAGCCGACCCUCACACACAUGUGCAUAAGGAUGCUACACAAGGAACAGCUGGUACAGCAUGUUGUUUCUCAGAACUGCGAUGGACUUCACUUGCGUAGCGGUCUACCCAGACAUGCCCUGUCUGAGCUUCAUGGAAACAUGUUUAUUGAGGUGUGUACGUCCUGUUCCCCGGUCAGGGAGUACGUGCGUUUAUUUGACGUGACAGAGCGGACGUCACUGCACCGACACGGGACAGGCCGCAGAUGCAGCCACUGUGGUGGAGAACUCAGGGACACCAUAGUGCACUUCGGGGAACGUGGGACCCUGGAGCAACCUCUCAACUGGAAGGGAGCUGCCGAGGCUGCAGAGAGGGCGGAUGUUAUCCUCUGCUUAGGCUCCAGCCUGAAGGUGCUGAAGAAAUAUGCUUGUCUGUGGUGCAUGAACAGACCAGCAAGCAAAAGGCCCAAACUCUAUAUUGUCAACCUGCAGUGGACACCGAAAGACGAUCUAGCUGUGCUGAAAAUUCAUGGCAAGUGUGAUGAUGUCCUGAGCAUCCUAAUGGAGGAGCUGAACAUUCAGAUUCCUGUGUAUGACAGGGCAGAGGAUCCCAUCUUCAGUCUGGCCACACAUCUGCAGCCAGAAGAGGUCAACAGCCAUACUCGUGAGGUCAUAGCUCCACGUGAUGGCCAAGAGGACUGCUUACCUGACUCUGGAGAGCAGGCAGAAGAAGCCACAGCUGUGCAUGGUGGCUGGUUUGGACGGGGAUAUGGCAAAGGAAGGAAGAAGAAGAAAAAAGCUGCUUAACUAAGGGAACUUUACCGACCCAUAAGAUGCGGUCAUGUGAUCAAUCCCAAUGAGGGAUUCAAAUUUCAGUCCCAUAAUGAGGACAAGGUGGACUUUAGGUGCUGUUAUGUCUUUUCGGCUGCAUUGGUAUCAUGUAGUCACAUGCAGUGUGUGUGUGUGUGUGUGUGUGUGGGAAGGGAAACAUUAAUUUGAGUUUUUGCCAUGUGAAAAUGGCACUUUGCACCAACGUAUUUUUUUUAUAAAACAUACAGUUAAUAGUGACAGCAAGAUAUAAAAUUGGCUUUGGUUAUGCUACAUUUAUAGGAGCUACACUUGCUGUGUUUGUGGUGCUACGUCUUAGCCCAGUGCAGCCAGCAGAGCCUGUAUGACAAGGUUUGAUUGACAUAAGUAUAUCAUUUUUGUCACACCCAGUCGGCUCAAACAGUGGCAGCAAGGUUUCCUCAUUGAUACACAACGUAAGCUAUCAGCUUUGAUCCAGACAGUCACGGUGAAUACCAGUAGUGAAAUGUUUUGAUGAAAGAUUUCAAAAGACAGUUUUGAACUCACUCCUGCAGCAUUAUUUCUGCUGUCCCUUUGUAUGGUCAGUAUAUCACAAACACCUAUAUUUUCAGUGGCAUAAAUUUUUUACAGCUGUCUUUAAAGCUUCCAGGUGGUGAAUGAUCCUCAGAGGAUAAUGUUUUUGGUGGAGUAUCACUUUCAACCUCGGUUAAAUUUGUAUUUUUACCAAGUUGGUAUUGGUGCAUUGCAGUAACUAAUUAAAUGUGCAACAUGCUGCUGGUUUGAGUAUUAGCUAACUUUAACAUUGUAAUACUGGUGUCUAAAGUGGAAGUUACUGUAUUUAAAUGCUCACAGGAAGUGGUUGUCAUUCAGUGGAACCCAAAUGACUUGGCAUUUACAAGUGGCAAAUGCAAGUAGAAUAAUAGCAGCAUACAAAUGGCCAAUUUUCAAUUUCGGUGCUGCCACAGCUUUUAUGGCAUAGAGAUUGAAAGAGAUUCAGAAGGCCAAACAUUUUCUACAUGUAUUACUUAGAGUAAGAUAUUUUUGUAGUCUUUUUCAGACAUUUAAAUCUCGCCUUGUUGAAUGUACAUUUUUUUAACAACAGCUUAUUUGGGUUGUUUUUUUAUUUUAAAGGUAUUUUGGUUUACUUAAAAUAUUUCCUGAACUCACAGUCAACAUUCAGUCUGCUGUCAUUCAUCCUCAGGUUUUCAGGCUAGGUCGUACAGCUACUGUACCUUAGUUUACUAAAGCUGAAUCUGCCUAUGUUUACAUUCUUGUCUCAACUUCUCUGCAGACGAUGCAGAGACUCUGCUGCUGUCACUUCUGUGUCUACAGAAGUGUAGGAAAGAAAGCUGAUUUUUGAUUUUUUACUUAAAUUUUGAUUAGAUGUUAGUUUGUCCUAUCAAGUUACUGUUUACGUAAGUGAGAGGAAACAUCCAAAUGUGUGUGUUUAUUAAUUUGUCUCAGGAAGAUCCAGUGUUAUUAAUAAUCUCACCCUGUACCUGUAUAGUGUCAGAAGUUAUUGAAGGCCUGACUAGCCGCUAUAAGCUAGUGUUCAACAUUCCUAAAAGUCUAACCAGAUGUAAAAUAAACGUGAAGACCUCUUACAAAAAAGAUGCUA